AUGGUAGCCAAAGAUGCCGUGAUCCUUGUUGCCAAGACUAGUCUUUACGUCGCUCUCCACUGCAAUAUCUGCAUCAAUAUCGGCGGCCUCACUCCGGUACAGCAGUGCGACUUCGACCUCCUCAUUAACGAGGAAUCCUCAUCUCUGGUGACAUUCAAUACAAUCUCGAUACACAUGAUGAGCAAUAGUGGUGCCAAAAAGAACAAGAAGACCACGUUCACAGACGAAGAUGAGGACUUUGUGGAUCAAAACAAUGGAGACAAUACUGGUGAUGCCCUUGACUCGUUCCAGCUCAGUCUGGAAGAAGAAGAAGAAGACGGUCAAGACGAGAAACAAUCCAUAAGCAAGACAAGCAGUCGGACAGGUACCAAGCGGAUUAGAUUCUAG